AUGGCGCGCAACGGCAGCGGUGCUGCGGCGCUGGCUGUGUUGUGUGGGGUGGCGAGUCUGACCUUUGUGUUCUUUCUUCCGGACGAGGCGUCGCCUGUCCGACGGGCGCUGUUUGCGCCACAUGAUCCGUGCCUCUCGGUGGUGUACACAAGCGCAGCGGCGAUGGCCAAGGGCGUGCUGGGCCAAGCCCGAGGGCUUGUGGCCGAGCUUGUAGUCUUUGACAAGGAUGGCCAGUGCUCGGUGGAGGCUAUUCAGGCGGCGGCAAGUCCGCGGCUGGUCCUCGCUGCCGACGCACCGUUCUGCGCCAAGCAGAGCGCGUGGCUUCUGCCAUCGCAACAGAGCGCGAGCGGGCUGCGGGUCCUAGUCGAUGAGCAGCCGCUGGAGAAGCACGCGGCAGUGGCCGAGCUAGGCGUGGACGGCAGCGGCGGCAGCGGUCGGCAGGGAGAGCCUGCGUAUGCGGUGGCACGGGUGUGCCCGACAAGCAACGGCGGGCAUUGGCGGCUUGUAGAGCGAGUCUUCCACGUCUUUGAGGCAGAAGCCAACAGCAAGUAG